CUGCAUCCCCUGAUUCAUUGUCAGCUUCCUGGAGCCAUUUUUUAAGCAGAACGGAUCUCGCCACUUAAUGAAAUCCGUUGCAUCUUCACGUUUUAGAAACAUAUCAUUUAUACAAUUUGAACAAACGGGCAUGUAAGAUAUUAGUGUAACGAUAUCCCUGAUUAUUUUGUGUCGAGCCGAGGAGGACUUUGAGAAAAAGUGGUCCAAAGUAGCGGAGGGACAAACGGACAUUCAAGCCUUAAGAUGAGAAAGGGGGGUGUCCCAGAAAAAGUCCUAAUUUCAGGGGUCGGGGGCUCCUCCAUGGACCAAAAACAAACGGUUCUGACCCGGUACAGCAAUGCGACAUAUUAUCAGAUCUUAACACCUCCGCCCUGCCCGAACCAGACUAACAAUGUCGGUGUCGUAGACCCGACCGUGAGUCAGCUUUACACUACACCCAUCGGGGUGUCUACAAACGGGACAGGACCGCGACCAGCCCUCGGAAGACCCCCGGCGAAGCGUCGGUUGGAGCUGGAAGAACGGGACCAGUACACCAGUGAGACUAUCAGUAAACCCAGAACUAAGAGAACCACCACACACUCCCUCAGAAGAACCAAGACUCCUCCCUCCCCGUUAGAGAAGACCAGGUAUGACACCUCUCUAGGACUCCUGACCCAGAAGUUUCUCCAGCUGCUGGGCCAGUCCAGUGAUGGGGUGGUGGAUCUCAACCGGGCUGCGGAGUCCCUCAAGGUCCAGAAGAGACGCCUCUAUGACAUCACCAACGUACUGGAGGGGGUGCAUCUCAUCAAGAAGAAGUCCAAGAAUAACAUCCAGUGGAUGGGCUGUAGCCUGUCUCCAGAGGGAGUGGCCAGUGUCCAGACCCCUGGGUCUGUGGGUAAAGAGCUGCUGGAGUUGACCCAAGAGGAGAAGAGACUGGAUGAACUCAUACACUCCUGCACACUCAUCGUCCAACAGAUGACUGAAGACACACCCACAAGGAAGUUUGCGUACAUAUCGUAUGAUGACGUGAAAAGGAUUCCUAGUCUGAAUGACCAGACAGUCAUCAUGGUCAAAGCCCCUGCUGAAACCAGACUGGAGGUGCCAGACCCUGCUGAGAGUCUCCAGGUCCACUUGAGCAGCACCCAGGGUCCAAUAGAAGUCUUCCUGUGCUCUGAUGAUCACGCCCCCUCCUCCCCGCUGAAAAACAACUCGACGCUGAACGGAAAUGGACAUCCCCCCUCAUCUUCAUCGUAUGUCAAUGGAAACUCCUCCUCCUUCCUCAAGGUGUCACAAGAGGGUAAUAACUCCGCCGGUGACUCCAGUAACAGUUUAUCCAAUGCCAUGUCCAGGCUCCCAGCAUGCUCAGCGGUGACGGUCACUCCUGUCUCCCCCCUGCCCUCCUCCCUCUCCUCCCUCCUCCCCCUCCAGGACGUCGACCAGGAGCCCUUCAUUACCCUCUCCCCCUCCCUCCCCCUCUCCCCCGGGGGGGAUGACUACCUGCUCAGCCUGGGGGAAGACGAAGGCAUCAGCGACCUGUUCUCCUACGAUCUGGACCGGCUUCCACUAGACGACCUGCUCUGUAAUUGAGUGAAAUGGAAACUCAGCGGCCAUUCUGGGGGUUUUGAGUUUGGCCAUUUUGGAGCCAGACUCAUGGUCCCAAUGUGGUCGUUUUUUACAGUUAUAAAUAACUAGUUUAGAGCCCAGUGGGCUCUAUGGAAUGCAGCUCAGCAGCCAUUUUGGAGACAGACUUUGUUUUCUUGACCUUGUUGACUGGACUGCUCAUAGAGAACCUGCUGUGUAAUUGACCCCUGGUCAGUGAUGAGAGAAAGGAAUUACCUGCUCUUGGUAUAGAGUUGAUCAAAGGAAGUAAGCCUGUUUCCAUUCAGACACUUCCUGUAGGGGAGAAUUCUGUAGCCUAAAGAACGGACAAACCCCUUCUCAAAAGCCUGCCUUUCUGGUCUGUCCGACACUUGCACUGACAGGCAAAACAACAUCCCACACACAUCACUCCCCAUAGCGGACUUCUCUUAAUGAACUGUUCUCGUCUGAAAGCACAGAUUGUCCCUACAGACAUAUACAGCACCAGUCAAAAGUUUGGACACCUACUCAUUCAAGUGUUAUUAUUAUUUUCUUCUAUUUUCUACAUUG